UAGCUUCUUCAUUGAAGAAAUUAGCGAAUAACUCAUCAGGGUCUACAGCCUUGUGAGAAUCCAUAUCAAAGAAAGUCUUCCUAAUAUCUUCCUCCCUAAACCCUGCAUAAUGAUAAUUCUUAUGCUCAUCACCAAGUUUCAACUUGAUAAUCUCCUUCAAUCUUGCUCUUCUACAAUUAAUCUCACUAUUAGUUGUUCCAAACCGUUUUUUAUAGUACCCCACUACUUCCUCCACUAUCUCAUCAGUAGAAGUCAAGUAAUGACCACCUUUGGUUAUCAACUUUCUGCUUAAAGCCUUAAACUGCUUGGUGGUAAAAUGUAGUGCUCUUAUCUCCCAAAUUAAGCCAGGAUAUCCUCGAUUUUUGUCUAUUAAAAGCUCUCUUUAGCUUUAUGUAACUCAUUGUACUUCUUCUAAACUUCUAUUGCCUUUUCGAAACUACUUUCGAAGGGAUUAUUACAGUUUUGUUAAGAUGUUCCAAACCCUUCUUUACCUCUUUUAAUUUACUUUGUACAACUACCCUUGGAGAUCCAGUAUCUUCAAUACACCAGACUCUCAUAACAUGCUCCAUGAAUUCAGGACGCCCAAUCCAAAACUAAAAAAAAAAAAAAAAUAGAAACAUAUUUGGGUAUUUCAGGCAUAUUUAGGCAUUUCUCUUUAAUGGUUUAUUUUUCCUUUUCUCUAUUUUAGCGAUCCUUAAUUUCCUCGACACCGUUGUAAAACAAGGUGAAGAACAACCUCAUAUAUCUUGCUCAGUUUCCUUCCCCAUAUAUAACGAACCGAUUUUGCCUCCACAUUGUCAGGUUAAGAACCUGUUUACAGAAACGCGAUGAUAGUCAAUAAUAAUAUUAGUGCAUCGAUUAGGGCAACAAUGGUGACGAUGUUGAUCAUGAUGGUGACGACGAUGAGGGUUGGGGAAGCAAUCAUCCAAGGGUGCAUGUCGGAAUGCAUGUCGCAGUGCCAGAAAGAGACGGGCGGUCCCUCGUCGGAGUGCGAUGGUGCUUGCUCGGCCUUGUGCAUUAACGCCUUGGGUGUCGCCGCCUCUGAUUCUUCGGGGGUGUCGGCGCAAUCUCUGGCCGGUCGAUGAUGCAGCUAGUGAAUUGAAACUAUAGUUUGAGAAGAAAGUAAAGAAAAAUGGGACGAAAUGCAUUAGGGACAGACAUACUUUAAAUUGUACCUAUUGACGCAUUUUUGAAAGUGUACUAAAUGGUCAGUAAAAAGGUUGAUAUUGUUGACGACACAUGUAUUUCGUCGAAAAAGUGAUUUUUGUUUACGAUAAUUUACGGUCGUCGUAAAAUUCUUGUCAGAACUGUAUAUUCGUUUUGUAGUGACUCCCCCUCCUAUCACCUAGGGUACAUAUAAGUGUCAUGUAAAAAUAAUAAAGAAAUUGUACAUACAACUGUCUAUACAACAUGAUAAAAUAUAUAGUAAAAAUAUCCUUCUCUUGUUGAACUUAUAGUAAUUACAUUAAAAAAAAUCUUGUACA